AUGUAUUCUGAAGGGAGAGAAGAUUCACAAUAUUCUGGGAAUAACAUAGAGUAAUAUGAUGAAGGAGAUGAUUAAGAAGGUGAUAUGGAAGGUUAACAAUAUUAUGAUGAUGAAGAAUAAGAUAUGUAACAGCAAGAAGAGUAUUAAGAAUAUUAAGGAGAAUAGCAAUAGGAUGAGUAAUAAAGUAAUAUAUUAUAGUAAGAAGGCUUUAAAUAUUAACCAUUUGAUUCAAGAAAAUGGUAAUGGGCAGAACCAUUAAUAGAAGGAGUUCCUCCAUGUGCUAGAGGUGGUCAUUCAGCAACAUUGAGUGGAGCUUCUAUUAUAUUAUUUGGAGGACAUUAUUAUGCAAAUAAAGAUGAAGGAUAUAAAUACUUAAAUGACACAUAUUAAAUGGAUGUAAAUGCAAAUAGAUGGUUUAAAGCAAAAGUUUAAGGUACUCCACCUGCCCCAAGAUAUGCUCAUUCUGCAGUUUUGGCAGGUCAAAGAAUAAUUAUAUUUGGAGGAAAAGGAGAAAAAUGUGUAUUUAGAGAUUUGCAUGCACUUGAUCCAUUAACAUUAACUUGGUAUUAGGGACCAGAAGGAUCUGGUUCUCCUAGUGCUAGAUUUUCUCAUUCUGCUACAUUAGUAAUAAUAUUAAAAUAGUGAUUAUUAGUAUGCUUCAACCAAAAUGAUAAUAUUUGGAGGUUGGAAUGGAAUUGAUUAUUUUAAUGAUCUUUAUGUUUUAGAUUUAGAAGUCAUGGCUUGGUCUUAACCUACUUGUACAGGACCUUCUCCUACUCCUCGUUAAGGACAUACAGCUAUAUAAGUAGGAGCUAACUUAAUUAUAUAAGGAGGUUUCUAUUAUUAAGAAGAUAAGAAUCUUAAAACAUUAAAUAAAACUGCUAAUCCAAGACAUGGAUCAUAUCUAAGGGGUUGUUAUUUAAAUGAUAUUCGUAUUCUUGACACUGAACAUUUUGCAUGGAGUAGACUAAGAGUAAGUGGCACUCCUCCAGCUCCAAGAUAUGGACAUUCGGCUAAUGUUAGUGGUGCUGAUAUUGUUGUUUUUGGAGGAUGGUCAUUUAAUUCAGGAGCUAGAAGGUUUAAUUAUAAAAUUAUUUCUAUAGUGAAAAUAAUUUUGCCACUUCUCCUGAUAUUGAUUACUUAAUUGUAUUAAAUACUGAGAAAAUGUGUUGGGAAAAAGCCAAAUAUGAAGGAAAUGCACCCAGAAAUAGAUAUGGACAUACAGCUACAUCUAUUGGCCCACAUAUUUUAAUUUUUGGAGGUUGGGAAUACAAUAGAGCUACUAAUUAAGUUGUUGUACUUAGAGAUCUUAGUGUUGGACAAUAAUAGUAGGAGAAGAAAAAAUGA